AGCCGUUGUCACCCGAGUGUCAGGCGCCGCUACAAAAGAAUAACUGUUCUCUUUACAGCAGUCAUUUUAAUCGGUAAAUUGUAUUUCUUAAUGUAGUGGGAAACUGCACUGCAAUAAAAAAAAAUCAUAGUAUGUUUGUAAUUAUAGGAAGUAGAGAAUUCAAUGUGGAUUUGAUACUAUAAUAUUAUUUUUUUAAAAAAAGGUUGGAGGUAUUAAGUUUGAUGCUUAAUCCAUCUUGUCCAUUUAUCACAUAGAUUUUACACCUUAAUAUAUACAUUAAAUGUUUACAAAUUAGGUUUAAAAUCAUAUACCUCCGACUCAGUCUUGUUUCAGGUGUUGGUAGCUACAGACAACCUGACAAAAUAUACCUGGAAUAAAUUCUGGUCAAUGAUGGACAGGAAAUUUUCCAACUUAUAACAUUAGGUGGCGUUAUUGAUCAGGGCAGCACCUCCACUGUCCUCCUGUGAUGUGACACACAGCUCAAUUUACAUUUUCUUCUUUUAGAUAAGGUACAGAUAUCUGUAGAUGGCACUCUUACAUUUAUAGAUCACACUUUAAAAGAACUGGCAGUAAAAGUAGACUUCUUCUACUAGCACUGAUUUUGAUUUUCAGCAUGUUCACUGCUGGAUCAUAACUUGUGCAGUCUUAUCAAGUGAAAGUCACAGCUAUUUGCUGACAUAAGCAAUGUCUUACAGAGAUGAAAGAUGGUUCUCAAUGAAAAGGGCAAAUCGGGUCUCAGGAGGGAAUUUGUCAUCUGGCUAAUUAAGUAUGGAGGUACUGCAGAGACAUACGGAGUUUGUAUGUCAAAUAAUGCAUCCAAAUAUGCAUUCCCAAGCUGGUUUGCAUGUAUAUAUACACUGUAGUACGCUUUCAAGAUAAGCCUUUUACUUUUAAAUGUCCUUAAAUUGUCUUAAAUUAAAAAUUUGCUAUAUUCAGAUUCUACAUUCAUUAUCUUAAUUAUUUUCAGAGGUCUAUCUGUAUCCUGCAUUGGCAACCUUUUUAAUAAUUUUCACCGUCUAUUGUGGUUAUAAUUUAUUAUGAAUAAUAAAUAAAGCUGGAAUCUACUCAGAUAGAACCCAUUAUUACUUAAAGCAAAGGGAACUUUGGGAUAAAAAUGCAACUCAGACCGCCAACUUUCUGCUUGCACUUCACUAUACCAUUCCGCUGCAUGAUUUGAGCAUCCAAAUACCAGUAACAUCAUUAAUCAUGGUUACUCCCGCCUUAAACUUUGAUUUAUUUUGAAUGUUCCGUAAAACCCGCCCCUUCUCGCCAUCCACUUGUACCUUCACAGUAUAAUGCAUUCAUUCAAUAGGAGAAAAUAUUGAUCCCGUCUUAAAAACAAUGCGGGUCAAAGUUGUAAAACAGACAAACACGUAAACACGCAUGUAUUAAUGUAAUAACUGAAUGAUAAAUGUAAUGUCUGAGACAACUUCACUUGAACCAUAACUACACAUCCGACAAACCAACGGUGCCCGCACUUUCACUUCCGGUGUCGCUCGGGAUCCAUGUUGGACAGCCGCUCAAAUGUACAACAAUAAAUAUUUAUCUUUUGAAAAGUUGUGUAAAAGUAAGAGAAGACUUAAACACCGCAGGAAACCCAUGGUAUAGGUAUCACGUUCCCAUAAACGACUUACCAGGAUGUCACUGGUGGAUCUGGGGAAGCGGCUGCUGGAAGCUGCACGGAAAGGUCACGACGAUGACGUCAGGUCACUGAUGGCCAGUGGAGCCCCGUUCACCACAGACUGGCUAGGGACAUCGCCACUGCAUCUUGCGGCCCAGUUUGGGCACUUCUCUACCGCCGAAGUUCUGCUUAGGGCGGGCGUCAGCAGGGAUGCCCGGACGAAAGUGGACCGGACCCCUCUGCACAUGGCCGCUGCUGAAGGCCACUCGAAAAUUGUGGAACUGCUCAUCCAGAACGGGGCAGAUGUAAACGCUAAAGACAUGCUGAAGAUGACUGCGCUGCACUGGGCGGCAGAGCAGGACCACAAGAAGGUCGCCGAGCUACUGCUCAAGCACGGCGCUGAUGUCCGCGCCCUCAGCAAGUUCGACAAGACCCCUUUCGACAUCUCCCUGGACAGGAACAACGCUGAGCUCAUGCUCAUGCUGCAGGAGGGAAUGCAGAACCACGUGAACGUAAACCUAGAGCAGAACUUGGCCUGCACCUCCGUGGCCGCCGUCACGAGUCCUCAAUUCAUCUUAUCGCCCACGGCAAUGGUCAGCCUGUCUGAUCUUGUUCCUGCCACGACCAAAGCUGUCUCAGGUAACUCUGAGGAGGUCACUGUGGAGAGCUCAGCCUUCCAGCACAUGGUGGGAGAGGGUUCCCAGAGGGUUAUCACCAUAGUGACAGAUCAAAAUGGCAACAUACAACCAGGCGCCCUUGGCCAGCGGUUCCUCCUCACCAUGCAAAACGGACAGCAGAUGUUAGCCAUGUCAGAUGGGCAGAUUGCAGACGAGGCCGAGGACGGGGAGCAGCGGCCACCCCAGGCUCGCAAGCGCAGAUUAGAGUCCGCCGUCAACCACAAAGAGCCCAAAAACAAGGAUCCCGUGAAGGAUGACUGCCGGGAGCUGCUGCAGAAGCAGCUUCAGGAGGCUAAUCGCAAGGCCCAGGAAUAUCGUCUGCAGCUUCUCAAGAAGGAGCAGGAGGCAGAGCAGUACCGUCUCCAGCUGGAGGCCAUAGCUUAUAGCCAGAGUAACGGCAACGGCUUUGGGCGGGAAGGGCUGGGAGGGGAGGAGAUGAUCGUGCUUCCGGAAGGGGCUAUCAUAAUCAAGGCGGGGGACCUGGAGGCCACGGAAGAGGAGGAGGAAGGCGAGGAAGAGGUGACGCUGGUAGAGACUGUGGAAACGACAGCCACUGACACAGAGGUUAACUCUUAAAAACAGACCAACAUAAACAGCGCACAGAAGCUUCGGGUUCUUUUCGUAUCUUUGUUUUUGUAUGAAUUUUUUUAUAUUAUGGGAUUUAAUGCAUAUUUGCGAACAGGUCAUGGAAGAUCAGUGAGCAUCGUGAAAAUUGUGAGUAACCAGGAAAGAGGCCUUGACAACACCUAACACUCUGAGGCUUGGCUUCUGCCCCAGGAGGGUGAGACACAAAGAGGCGCUCUUUCUGGUGGAACAACAUGAAAUCCUUUAUCUCCUCAUUUCAGGCAGGACGUUUGAGCAGAGCCAGCACAGGACUCGUGGGUAACUUGCUAAGGAGUACGGAUUACCUGAGUAGGCCGUUCUCGUUUCAAGUCCUCGGACCGACAGGAUUUCAUGGACCGAAUUGUCUAAGCUGUCCAGGAUAGCGUCAGAUCCCCCUCAGUCUUUGGCUGUCAGUGUGCUUGCUUGACUCUCACAGCCAAAGGGUAACCGUCAGUCUUCUGCGUUGUGCGUCUCUGUUUCACCUUUCUCAGGCAUUGCUGGUAUGUCAUUGCAUGUGCACUGCAAACCUGGUGGUCUGAUCCUACUGCGGAAAGGUAGUUGCUUUAUGCAUUUUCAUUAUUGACACGCAGAUCAGUAGUUCGCUAUAUUAAUAAAAAAAAAUCACAAAAGGCAUUUUUAUAUAUAAAAUUUAUACUUAAUUUAUGCUGCUGAUCUUACUGUCGUCACAAUGCUGGCGUCCUUUUAAAUAAUUCAUAUUUUCUAAUUUUAUCCUCGAUUUUUUUUUUACUUCAGUUUGAAUUGUCGCCAAUUCAUUAUUCAUGCUUGGCUACAGACAGGGGCCUUGUCUGCCAGUGGCAUAUUGGGGGGGGGGCUUAUAUGGGGGGGCUUUUAGGCGCACAUCUGAUUCACUAACCAGCCCUGUAUUCAAACUGCAAAUCAGCUGGCACAGGCCAGGAGGGAAAAGCAGUGAUGAGGGGAAUAACAUAAACGUUACCACUGGCAACCAUUAACUGUGUGCCACAUGCUGGAGACAAGCAGUGCACGGCAUCUUGGGCAGUAUUCUUGGCAAUCUGGUUGCCUGGUUACAAAAAAAUGAUGGGUCACUAAGAAAACAAUUUCUGGAAUGUCUGCCUAUACUAUUGAAAUGCAAGAGGUAACUGACCCAGUGCUACAUUAAAACAAGUAUCUUUCUAUAUGUGUAUAUGUUCCACAAGUUCAGUUAACGUAUUACAAAGCAUUCACAUGGUUAUAACGAUUCCUAUCACAAGACGCCUGUGUUAGAAUUUUUUUUUUUUUGCUACGUAAUAUUUUUCCCGGGCCAAACAGCAGAUGGCGCCACACUUCUGCACAUUCCACCUGCACUGAUCACUGACAUGCCACAGUCGGUCCAUUUCUUAUACAUCAUCUCAAUACAUUUAAUAUGUAUACUAUAAUUUGUUGAUUAAAAUUUAUUUCCAUCCUACAGUGUCGUCGAACGUAUGCGAAAGCUUAUUUAAGUGUAUUAUGUUCUGGGGGAAGGUUUUGUGAGGAAAAAAAUGUCGUCAUUGCAGAUUUUGCAAGACAAGGUGUGAUGCAUGUUGAAACAUAUUUCUAAGGUUGGUGGGGGGGCUGCUUCUGUAGAGCAUAUGAAUUUGGCUCGAUCUAUGAAUUAAUCUGCCUUUUUUUAUUUUCUGUCAUGUUACUGCAUCAUUUUUUAUUUCUACAGGGAAAAACCAGACAUAUUCAUAUGUGCUGUUUUCACAUGUUGAUUUGUAUUUCACUUUGAACACUAUUGGGGGUAUUAAAAAGACAAAGUGGAGUUUUAUAUAGUUUAACUGUAUAACAGUUCUUUUUUCAUAAUAAAACAUACAGAAUACAUUU